AAUCUGUUAUGAAACCAUGUAAACAGUUAUGGUAUUUAUGGUACGUUCUGAGGUGGACUUUGACAACAAUGAAGACAUCAAAAAACCCAACGAUCGACCUGCGUCAAGGUCGUACGGACCUAGCCCUUCUCGCCAGUAAUUGUCAUACAUCAACGCUUGCUUUUCUCGGAAACGGUUUAUGGCUGAUGCUGUCCCAGCUUCGCACGGACCCGAAUUCGAUUUUGCAUAAAUCGCGUGAGGUUUGCGCGAUCGACCGCCGCCGCCUGCUGCCAUCAGGUGGAUCGCCAAUUAGCAUAAGAUCGCCCGACGAAAAUCCGCUUCGGUCAUUUAUGAUGGGCGGCAAUCGAAACAAAGGGAGAGAGAGACAAAAAACGAAGCGACACUUUGGCUGGUGUUGCCGAUCUUCCGCUGGAGCUGGAUGCUGCUGUCGGGAAUAGAAGGAAACACGAGUGUGGUGGGGGGCUCUGUGAGUGCUAUCGGGAAAGUGGUGGGACGAAACGGGGAACUGGUUUGACGGGACCGCACCUGGUGCACGAGUGUCGUCCUCUUCAAAAUGCAAAGUGGACAAAUCUUCUAACUUUCUUCAAGCGUUGCCAAAAAGUUGGCUAAAAAUCGGGUUUAAACCUGUGAGUAGAAGAAGACACAGUCAAAAUGAAUAAAAGGAAGAAGAAUUUCGCGGACUCGUUGGACCGGUUGCAGAUUUGCGCGGAUUUGCUCCGUCGAAAAAGGGGGACAAGUGUUCCCGAAGAAAACGAGUGAGCGGUGGCCUCGUCGCUCGCUGUUACCAAGUGGACCCAAAUUAGUGACUUAUGGGGAAGAAAUUUAAGGAAAACGUUGAAUGAGAAUCGGUUGAGCGGUGUGUCCUGAUAUUUUUGGAUCAGAUUGGGGGAUUUUGGACACGGAUGCGCCUGAAAGGAAAAUAAGGAAUCAUUAGCUGAACGAAGUGGUCACCCGAAUGGGUAUUUAUAAUGCGAAAAGACGAAGAACAAGUUUUUAUGAAGCCUGCCAAGUGAUAUCGAUACCUCGGAGAAAAUAUAUGAAGAAGUUGAAAAAACAGUGCGGUGACUAGGUGGUGCUUGAAUUUCAGGAACGAUGUUUCCAUUUAGCGAGUUGGAUAACGCAUUAUAAAAUACGACGUAUUGGUGUUUAUUCAGUGGCUUCUCAAUGGUAGCUACGAGUGACUAUCAUACCAUAAUGUUUCAGUUUAAUACAACUCAUGAAUACCAGGGCGUCCUAUAAGAAGACUUUAUCAAUCUGAAAAUAUUAUUUGUAUUUGCCUGCACAAAUAACCAUUCGCUGUUUAUGCUCUGUAAUGUGGACAUCUCGAAGGACUUCAAAAUAAUAUGUUUGGAAAAGAUUUAGUGAUUUUGGAACAGUAGUUAUA